UCCCGAGUAGAGGCGGUGUGGUCAGGGAUCGCUUAACCCUCCGGAGCAGCCCGGGCCGGGCGUUGCCGGGAAGGGCGGGGCGGGGGGGUGGUGGUCCCGGGUCCCCUCGUCAGGGCAGGAAGGGGCUGUGACUCGGGCGGAGGGGCUGCCGCGGCGUGCGUGGGUGCACAGUCGGUGGUGUAAGCAGAGACCCUGGUGUAGACAGAUCGCGGUGUGGGGAGGAAGCAAGUGGGUGUGCAGAGGCCGUGGUGUAGACAGACGCCGACGUCUACCGGCCCACGCUGUCGGUCCAGUUCUGUCUAGCUCUGCACCCUGGAAAUGGCGAGGGGAGGGGGAGAAUGAUGGCCCUGAUGGGUCCCCGCUGGCUCCAACAAUCUGGGCUGUUCACAUGGCCUCCUCUCCUGCUCCUCUAAAUGUGAAACCCCUUUAAGAUGGCAUCUUUAUGUCUCCAGAAGAUAAAUGCGCCUUUUAAAAAGUAACCAUGGCCGGGGGCGGUAGCUCAUGCCCGUAAUCCCAGCACUUUGGGGAGGCUGAGGCGGGUGGAUCAGUUGAGGUCAGGAGUUCGAGACGAGCCUGACCAACAUGGUGAAAUCCCGUCUCUACUAAAAAUACAAAAUUAGCCGGACAUAGUGGUGCACGCCUGUAAUCCCAGCUACUCAGGAGAGGCUGAGGCAGGAAAAUCGCUUGAACCCCGGAAGCGGAGGUUGCAGUGAGCUGAGAUCGCGACAUUGUACUCCAGCCUGGGCAAGAAGAGUGAAAUUAUGUCUCAAAAAAAAAAAAAAAAAACAAAAAAACAAAAAAACAAAAACCAUACUGCUACUUAAAAAGGCACUUCCUAAUAUAAAAUAUUCACAGUUCACAUUUUCCUGUUUAUUUCAUGAGUUUUAUUUUGUGUGUUAUUCAACAGGAUUUAGAUAAGACCUAGGUAUUUUGAUUCGUUGAUUUGAUUUAAACGCAUCACAGUGGUCAUGUGGGAGAAAAAUCAGAACCUUGGGGCAGGGCUUUUGUAGAUCACUUUUAGGGUUCCCUGUUGUUUCUAUUUGGAAUUACAUUUUGGCGGGGACCAGCAUGUUUCCAGAUCUCGGUCUCACCCAGGCAUUUGGCCUCUCCUUCCCUUAGGUCCCAUGUCAUAGCCACCCUGGUGCAGGCCCAGGCGGGAGCCACACGCUGCUCAGUCCUGGGGAAUCCCAAGCCCCUCCACUCUGUGCAAGGAAUGGAGAUAAUGGGCUGAGAAUUAGGUUUUAUUAAAAGCAAAGCCCUUGAAGGAUGGUUAUUCCUGCCUGGAGAUCCCACAGUAGGGCCUUUGGAGUGAUAGACAUCCGCAUCUCCCUCCACACCCUGCCCUACCCCCCCCCCCCACCCCCAAAGCUUCAACAAAGGCUCCUUUUUAAAGUUUUCCGGUGCCCUUUGCUCUUUGUUUGCCUUCCCGCUUUGUUCUCUGGCCAGCUGCAGGCCACACUGCCAUUUGGAAAGGAGUUUCCUUGGGUUUGAUUGACAAAUGGGAGAGAAUUGGGAUGCAGAGGCUCAUGCCUUCCAGAGAAUAUUUUGGAGAAAGGUGGGAACUAGAGAGAGCUGCUGGCUUUGCAAUGUUGGGUUCUGAGAACUACCAGGGGUGGGGUUCGUGAGCACACACAGGCUUGUUAGCUCUUUAAGUUCGCGAGGCUUUAAGUUCUUAAGGCUUUGUAAGCUUGCAGUGAUAACACAGAAAAUACCAAGUUAAGGCAAUAAAAUGGUCUCCCCAACCAACUGAUCACUUCCCAGCACAGGAAGUUGAUGACUUAAUUUAGAAAAUAUGAUUUUAAAAAUUGGCCUCAAAGCGUUUUUGGACUCAGUUCUGUGCAUGUUAAUAUGUAUCCAGAUUAUAUCCUGACAUUCAUUUAGAAAAAAAAAGACUAAAAAAUUUUGCCAAACUGGAAAUGGAGACGUGUUAUGGUCUGUGGAUGGGAAGAGUCUUGAAUGUGUAUGACAGCCCGCAGGAUGUGUUAGCUCCGGUUCCAGCCAAAAAUCCAAGAGAGUAAUGAGUUUGUCAGAUAUCGUCAGAUCAGGGAGAAGAUUUAGAUAAAACCCUUCAGCAUUAAUAUUCUGGCAAUAUUAAAAACUAUCUUAGAAAACCAGGCCUGGGGAUUGGGGAAUGGAGAAUACAGAAUUUCUGUACCUAGAAGGCCCCCCACAAGCCUUUUUUUUUUUUUUUAAAGGUAAUCAAAGGUAAGUGGAGAGUAAGUAAUUCUUUUUGUAGGCCAAUUAGACAAGUCAUGCCUGAAGCCUCCCCCCACCCCCCAUGACUCCUGGAGGAGACUGAGACUCCCUGUCACAGGGGUACCCACCAACACACAUCCCUGCUGGUUGAGAUCUGAAAUGCUUAUCUGAACAGCCUUGGCUGGUCUGUUGCUGCCUGUGUUUAUUUGGAUGUAUUUCAGCAGAAGCCAUCCCACAGACAGGAGAGGUGGGUUUUAUGAGAUGGUGUUGAAUGAGGGACAGGUCAAACUGAAACCUAAUUGACAGAUGAUCAGAUUGGUGAAACCAGAGAGAAAAGAAAGGGAUUAGUACUCAAGUACCUUGACUUCAGAAGUACAGAGCUUCCCUUUGGUGACUCCUUCAGCUCCAUUUUUGUUGAGUGAGCUUUGGUUCUAGCUCCGUGGUAGGAUGGUGAGUGUGCUUUCUCUCUGGGUUUCUUUUGUGUACUUGUCUCAAUGGCCAUAACGUGGCACUGCAUUGGUGUGAAAUCCCCUGAGAUUUUACCUCCAGAUGCAACUCAUGCUAGAUAGGGGCCCUGGGUAGGGGGCUGAGAAGGGGGUUCCGAGGCCACCAGGACCUUGGAAGGGGAAGGGAUUUUGGUGGUGAUUUAAGCGCUAGCAAGGGCUCUGUUGGAAAUGAUUCACUAACUUCCUGCAAGGACACUUCAGAGGUGUGAUGGGCAGUAGUACAGUGGGUGGGGUGUGUUUCUUGUUUGGAGUGAGAGAGGGUUCUGGUGCGUAGGUGUCUCAUUCCAAGGCCUCUUGUCCAUCAAAUUCUGUUGGGCAGCACUGUCCAAUAGAAUUUUCUACAAUGAUAGAAAUGUUCUAUAUUUGUCAUGUCCAAAUCAGUAGCCUGCAGCCACAUGUCCCUAUUGAGCACUGGAAAUAUGAUUAGUGUGAAUGAAGAACUGCAUUUCUGAUCUUACUACUUGAUUUUAAUUAAUUUAAAUGUAAAGAGCCCCAUGUGGCUAGUGGCUACUAUAUUGGACAGUGCUGUUACAGAGCUCCAGCUAUCACCUUAAUAAUUUUAUAUCAUCCGUACAAAACAGUGAAGAAAAUGUGAGUGGGAAACAUGAAGAGUGAUGAAAUGAACAAGUUGAGUGACUCCCACCCUGUUGAAGAGAUUGAACUUCAUCCCCAGUUCCUGUGAAGCUUUCUGGAUCUCGUCUUCCAAGGUGAAGUGGAGGUUCUGGAUCCGAACGACCCUUUAGGACCCCUUGAUGGGCAGGACGGCCCGAUUCCAACUCUGAAAGGUUACUUUCUGAAUUUUCUGGAGCCAGUAAACAAUAUCACCAUUGUCCAAGGCCAGACGGCAAUUCUGCACUGCAAGGUGGCAGGAAACCCACCCCCUAACGUGCGGUGGCUAAAGAAUGAUGCCCCGGUGGUGCAGGAGCCGCGGCGGAUCAUCAUCCGGAAGACAGAAUAUGGUUCACGACUGCGAAUCCAGGACCUGGACACGACAGACACUGGCUACUACCAGUGCGUGGCCACCAACGGGAUGAAGACCAUUACCGCCACUGGCGUCCUGUUUGUGCGGCUGGGUCCAACGCACAGCCCAAAUCAUAACUUUCAGGAUGAUUACCACGAGGAUGGGUUCUGCCAGCCUUACCGGGGAAUUGCCUGUGCACGCUUCAUUGGCAACCGGACCAUUUAUGUGGACUCGCUUCAGAUGCAGGGGGAGAUUGAAAACCGAAUCACAGCGGCCUUCACCAUGAUCGGCACCUCUACGCACCUGUCGGACCAGUGCUCACAGUUCGCCAUCCCAUCCUUCUGCCACUUCGUGUUUCCUCUGUGCGACGCGCGCUCCCGGGCACCCAAGCCGCGUGAGCUGUGCCGCGACGAGUGCGAGGUGCUGGAGAGCGACCUGUGCCGCCAGGAGUACACCAUCGCCCGCUCCAACCCGCUCAUCCUCAUGCGGCUUCAGCUGCCCAAGUGUGAGGCGCUGCCCAUGCCCGAGAGCCCCGACGCUGCCAACUGCAUGCGCAUUGGCAUCCCAGCCGAGAGGCUGGGCCGCUACCAUCAGUGCUAUAAUGGCUCAGGCAUGGAUUACAGAGGAACGGCAAGCACCACCAAGUCAGGCCACCAGUGCCAGCCGUGGGCCCUGCAGCACCCCCACAGCCACCACCUGUCCAGCACAGACUUCCCUGAGCUUGGAGGGGGGCACGCCUACUGCCGGAACCCCGGAGGCCAGAUGGAGGGCCCCUGGUGCUUUACGCAGAAUAAAAACGUACGCAUGGAACUGUGUGACGUACCCUCGUGUAGUCCCCGAGACAGCAGCAAGAUGGGGAUUCUGUACAUCUUGGUCCCCAGCAUCGCAAUUCCACUGGUCAUCGCUUGCCUUUUCUUCUUGGUUUGCAUGUGCCGGAAUAAGCAGAAGGCAUCUGCGUCCACACCGCAGCGGCGACAGCUGAUGGCCUCGCCCAGCCAAGACAUGGAAAUGCCCCUCAUUAACCAGCACAAACAGGCCAAACUCAAAGAGAUCAGCCUGUCUGCGGUGAGGUUCAUGGAGGAGCUGGGAGAGGACCGGUUUGGGAAAGUCUACAAAGGCCACCUGUUCGGCCCUGCCCCGGGGGAGCAGACCCAGGCUGUGGCCAUCAAAACGCUGAAGGACAAAGCGGAGGGGCCCCUGCGGGAGGAGUUCCGGCACGAGGCUAUGCUGCGAGCACGGCUGCAACACCCCAACAUCGUCUGCCUGCUGGGCGUGGUGACCAAGGACCAGCCCCUGAGCAUGAUCUUCAGCUACUGUUUGCACGGCGACCUCCACGAAUUCCUGGUCAUGCGCUCGCCGCACUCGGACGUGGGCAGCACCGAUGAUGACCGCACGGUGAAGUCCGCCCUGGAGCCCCCCGACUUCGUGCACCUCGUGGCACAGAUCGCGGCGGGGAUGGAGUACCUAUCCAGCCACCACGUGGUUCACAAGGACCUGGCCACCCGCAACGUGCUAGUGUACGACAAGCUGAACGUGAAGAUCUCAGACUUGGGCCUCUUCCGAGAGGUGUAUGCCGCCGAUUACUACAAGCUGCUGGGGAACUCGCUGCUGCCUAUCCGCUGGAUGGCCCCAGAGGCCAUCAUGUACGGCAAGUUCUCCAUCGACUCAGACAUCUGGUCCUACGGUGUGGUCCUGUGGGAGGUCUUCAGCUACGGCCUGCAGCCCUACUGCGGGUACUCCAACCAGGAUGUGGUGGAGAUGAUCCGGAACCGGCAGGUGCUGCCUUGCCCUGAUGACUGUCCCGCCUGGGUGUAUGCCCUCAUGAUCGAGUGCUGGAACGAGUUCCCCAGCCGGCGGCCCCGCUUCAAGGACAUCCACAGCCGGCUCCGAGCCUGGGGCAACCUUUCCAACUACAACAGCUCGGUGCAGACCUCGGGGGCCAGCAACACCACGCAGACCAGCUCCCUGAGCACCAGCCCAGUGAGCAAUGUGAGCAAUGCCCGCUACGUGGGGCCCAAGCAGAAGGCCCCGCCCUUCCCACAGCCCCAGUUCAUCCCCAUGAAGGGCCAGAUCAGACCCAUGGUGCCCCCGCCGCAGCUCUACAUCCCCGUCAACGGCUACCAGCCGGUGCCGGCCUAUGGGGCCUACCUGCCCAACUUCUACCCGGUGCAGAUCCCAAUGCAGAUGGCCCCGCAGCAGGUGCCUCCUCAGAUGGUCCCCAAGCCCAGCUCACACCACAGUGGCAGUGGCUCCACCAGCACAGGCUACGUCACCACGGCCCCCUCCAACACGUCCAUGGCAGACAGGGCAGCCCUGCUCUCAGAGGGCGCCGACGACACACAGAACGCCCCAGAAGACGGGGCCCAGAGCCCCGUGCAGGAAGCAGAGGAGGAGGAGGAAGGCUCUGUCCCAGAGACUGAGCUGCUGGGGGACUGUGACACACUGCAGGUGGACGAGGCCCAAGUCCAGCUGGAAGCUUGAGUGGCACUAGGGCCCAGGGUUCGGGGAUAGAAGCCCCGCCGAGACCCCACAGGGACCUCAGUCGCCUUUGAGAAGACACCAUACUCAGCAAUCACAAGAGCCCGCCGGCCAGUGGGCUUGUUUGCAGACUGGGUGAGGUGGAGCCCUGCUCCUCUCUGUCCUCUGACACAGAGAGCUGCCCUGCCUAGGAGCACCCAAGCCAGGCAGGGGGUCUGGCAGCACGGCGUCCUGGGGAGCAGGACACAUGGUCAUCCCCAGGGCUGUAUACAUUGAUUCUGGUGGUAGACUGGUAGUGAGCAGCAAAUGCCUUUCAAGAAAAUAGGUGGCAGCUUCACUCCAUGUCAUAUAUGGACUGAAUAUUUCAAACGAGGCGGGCGGAUCACGAGGUCAGGAGAUCGAGACCAUCCUGGCUAACACAGUGAAACCCCGUCUCUAAUAAAAAUACAAAAAAUUAGCCGGGCGUGGUAGCGGGCGCCUGUAGUCCCAGCUACUCGGGAGGCUGAGGCAGGAGAAUGGCGUGAACCCGGGAGGCGGAGCUUGCAGUGAGCCGAGAUCGCGCCACUGCACUCCAGCCUGGGCGACAGAGCGAGACUCCGUCUCAAAAAAAAAAAAAAAAAAAAGUUGGGAAUAAGGGCCUGCAAAAGGCAGCGAGGAGGCACCUCGGGUCUUGAGGUUCCUGACAACCGAUCUGGUCUGUUGGUUUGAGGAUGAGGGGGCUCCAUUUCUGCUGCCUCCCUGCUGAGAAUAUUCUCCCUUUAGCAGCCAAAGAUUCGCUGGAACGGAGGCUGCCCUCUGCUGCCUGUUGGGGUCGAAGACAAGGGGCUUCUGAAAUGGGAGUUCCUGAGAUACAACAAAAUGUGUGCCUUCAAAGAAACUGACAGCUUUGUAUUUGGUGAAAUGGUUUUAAUUAUACUGCAUGUGUAUUUUGCCCACUUUUUUGGGGAAUUCAAGGGAAAGUGUAUCUUGGGUUUGGAAUGUUCAGAGGAAGCAGUAUUGUACAGAACACGGUAUUGUUAUUUUUGUUAAGAAUCAUGUACAGAGCUUAAAUGUAAUUUAUAUGUUUUUAAUAUGCCAUUUUCAUUGAAGUAUUUUGGUCUUAAGAUAAUGACUUUAGUAAUUUAACUGUUUAUGUUACCCACGUUGGGAUCCAGUUGGUCUUGGUUUGCUUCUCUCUGUACCACGUGCACAUGAGGUCCAUUCAUUUUACAGCCCCUGUUACACACAGACCCACAGGCAGCCGUCUGUGCCCCGCACACAUUGUUGGUCCUAUUUGUAAAUCCCACACCCGGUGUAUCCAAUAAAGUGAAACAAAGCA